AUGACCACUCCCGCAGUCUCCACCCGUCCACCAAAGAAAAGCAGACGAGGCCCCCGACCCAUCCUGAGCCCAAACGGCCCUGAAUCUUCCAGUGCUCUUCAUAAGGCAUUAGAUAAUCUCCAUGAUCCCGAUGAUAUCCCAGAGCUGGUCAAGUCCCGACCAUAUUCGGGUCCAAAGACACUGCGGACGCAGCUUGCGCUAGGACUUCCACCGAUGUACAAACUCAGUGACAUCUAUCACUCGAUCACAAGCAGGGCAUUAGAACUAGGUCUUGAUGAUGUUCUGUCUCAUCUUGGAUCACGACAACUACGCGUGGUGACGGUCUGCUCGGGGACAGAGAGUCCAUUGCUGGCAUUGGAAAUGGUGCAGGAAAAUCUCAGAAAACACUUCGGUAAGAACUUUGAGUUCCGUCACCUCUUCAGUGCGGAAAUUGUUCCCUUUAAACAGGCCUAUAUCGAGAGAAACUUUCAUCCUCGAUUUAUCUUCCGUGAUGUAGGUGAGCUUAAGGAUCGUGUGGCCCAAACAGCCUAUGGCUCCUUGGAAAAGAUUCCCAAGAACGUUGACCUCUUGGUUGCUGGAUUCUCCUGCGUUGACUUCUCCGGUCUGAACAACAGACGGAAGACCUUGGACGAAAAAGGUGAAUCUGGGGGCACAUUUUGGGGAAUUAUCCGGUACGCGAAAACCUAUCGACCACGGAUAGUCAUUUUGGAGAACGUGAAAACUGCCCCCUGGGAAAAAAUUGGUCAACAUUGGAACGAAAUCGACUAUUUUGCUGUCCAUAUUGAUGUAGAUACGAAGGCAUACUAUUUGCCCCAGACCCGGGAAAGAGGGUAUAUGUUCUGCAUUGAUCAGAAACUCAUCGAGGGACAUGGUCUUUCGAAAGACGACUUGCUCGAAUGGAAGAACUUGGUCGUCAACUUUAAGCGUCCUGCUAGCUCGCCGGCUGGGAUGUUCUUGCUCAAUGCGGAUGACCCGCGAUUGGAACAGAUUGAAAAAGACAUGGCUGUUCGUAUCGCGGCGUCGUCUACAAGGGCGACUAUUGAUUGGUCAAGGUACCAGGAUAAUGGUACCUGUCAGAUGCUCGACUUUGCCUGGCACACAUGGAUCAAGUCCAUGCCCGAGAGAGUUCUGGACACAAUUGAUGUUAACUUUCUGCGCAAACUUUUGGAAGGGUACGAUAUGAACUAUAAAGAGAGAUACAUCGAACUUUCUCAAGGGCUAGAUCGAGAGCUGGACAACCGUGCAUAUGGCAUCGUUGGCUGCAUCACACCCUGCGGCCUACCAUACAUCACCACGAGAGGCGGCCCGCUUUGUGGUAUUGAGUCUCUCGCUUUGCAAGGGCUACCGUUGGACCGACUGCUUCUGACGCGGGAAUCACAGCGUGAGCUGCAAGAUCUCGCAGGUAACGCCAUGAGCUCAACCGUUGUCGGCGUCGCGAUCCUCUCCGCCUUGAUAGUCGGAUAUAAAGUUUUCAAGAAGGAAGAAAGAGCAUCUACAGUCAAAUCCGACCGCCACAGGUUCCAAAGUGUUAUUCCCCAGGAUGACUACAACCUAGUUCCAAGCAACAUACAAGUCGGCCAGUUCGUUGACCUAGACAUCCGCGAUUUUGGAGAGCAAGCCGCACGGAGCGCAAGAACGAAUUCAUCACUGCCAUGUCCCCCUGCUGUCUGGGAUCAGUUCUUGCAAGCUGUAACACGGACGAUUGGAGACGAGCUGCGUUUCUUGGACAUUAAAAGAAGUGAGGUUUGGACCGCUUCUUAUGAAGGCAAGCAUUCCGUCCUCAACCUUGUCAUCGAGCCACCAGAUAAAGUCAACUGGCUGUUCUUUGCCAAAGCAUCUGAUAGAGAUCCUGCUGUAUGUGCCAACCGUGAGAUACUGUCAAAGCCAAUUGCACGGAUGACGCCUAUACCCGGUUGCUUAUUGCAAGCAAGUGCAUAUUUGCACAAAAGAGAGGCGGACAAACACGGCCCUGUCGUGUACCUGUUUUUGGAUCCAAGCAAACUUGGAGAGCCGAGAAAUGACUCUUUUGUAUUCUCGUUGGAACAUCGACGUAACCCUGGAUACGCACCACGACUAACUAUCGCCGAAGUAUCCCACAAGUGGCGUUCUGGAACGGUUCAAUCUGAGCCGAGAUAUGUCAAUGUUUACUACCGUAAAUGGAUUGGGAUACAAACAGCCACCUUGCGACCCUAUGUUCCUAAGGAUCCCAUCACUUGCUAUAAUCUGGAGCCUGGGAGUACUGUAUCGAUCACCCAUGCUGAUUGUCAUAAUGCGAAUAUUACUCUGUUAUCAUUUGCAGCUCCAGCAGACACUUUUGGCUCAAUCCAAAACAAGGGUCCAUGGGAGGUCAGUGACCCUCUGGACUCGCAAUCUUGGCUGCGAGACUAUUCCUGGUUGUUGCAAAAAGCAUGCAAAAUUUCCGGAUUUGAAGAUUGGAAUAUAGUCGUCGAAGGGCAAGCACUUAAAGUAGUCGGCUGUUCGGCAUGCACCACUUGCGUGCCACCCAAGCCACGGCUACUAUGGGGCCGUGAUGGAAGGGGAUGGCUCAAAGCGUACGAAGAUCCUCACGAUGCAGCCUUGUAUGAACGUCAGUAUAAAGCACGGCCUCCCCCUUUCUUGAUAUUUCGUCGAAUCGAUGAACAUGGCUUUGGAAGCUUGCGCAUCACUCUCAAUAUUCAGAGCCUUCUGCACCAGGCAUACAGUAAGCUCAUUGGGCCGAGUACCACAGGUAAUGUUUCUUUUCAUUGGCGAUUGAUUCCAAAUGCAUACGAUUCAAGGAACUUGGUGUUCCCUAAAUUCGACCUGGACAGCAAUAGAUCCGACUCCCAGUCCAGCCAGCCCCCGAGUUUCUUGCUCAAGCUGCGACCUGAACAGCUUCGCUCCUUGUCAUGGAUGAUAGUGCAAGAAAGUGACGACAUCGAACCUUUUGUAGAGGAAGAGACAGAGGAGGCUUUGCUAUCACAGCUGAUGUGGCGUGCAGAAGCAAAAGUGAGCGUCCAAAAAUGUGUUCGUGGAGGCGUCCUAGCAGAUGACGUUGGAUACGGGAAAACAGCUAUCGUCCUCGGUUUGAUUGACGCGCAGUUUGAAAGGGGAAAUGCAUCAGCGCCGGAGCCCACAAGAGGAUUUAUUCCUACAAAGAGCACGCUCAUUGUGGUUCCUCAUAUCAUGCUGCCGCAGUGGCAGUCCGAGAUCACCAAAUUCUUGGGAAGCAAAUAUAAAGUUCUGGUUUUUUCGACUGCCAUGGCCUUCACCAAGAAAACAAUUCGUGAUAUUCGGAACUCGGAUAUUAUUUUGGUGUCGUGGAAUAUCUUCAAUAAUGCAGGUUACUAUCAAAAGCUGCAGAGGUUGACUGGUAUGCCACGGGUUCCAACGAAGCCGGGUCGCAACUUCGAUGAUUGGUUUUCGGAAGCCCAAGCAUCGCUCAAAGAACAGGUGGAGAUCCUAGUGAAUCAAGGUCCCGAUGCUUUCCUUGAAUCAUUGCGUGCCAAACGCCAGAAAGUCAAAGAUGAGCAGGCAAAUUAUACUUAUGUUCCGUCAAAACGGUUGAGAGGAAAGCGAUAUGCAGAAGCCAAGAUGCACGAAGAGCCUAGCACAGAGACAGGGCUGCCAUAUGCCGAUAUAUCCAGUGCUGAUGAGAAGUCUGACUCAAGCGAUUGGGAAGAUCCGGACACUCUUCGGUCCAAGGUGUCCCGUCUCUUAAAGCUUCAGCCUAUGAAGUCAUUUGCUCAGGGAUCUGUCGGUGUGAACUCAGAGGAAGAGGCGACUGAAUAUGAGGACUCUGUAAAUUCCAAUGCAAAGUGCAAAGGCACCAAAAGACAGCCUGGUCGGUUAAUAGUUGGCAAGAGAAAGGCAAAGACUUGGGAUGACCGAAAAGAAUUCAACAUAAGCAGGGAUGAAAAGAACCAGGACUGGGAGAUAGUCAAAACUCCUCUGCUGCAUAUGUUCUCCUUUGACCGUCUUGUCAUUGACGAAUUUACAUAUGCAAAUACUGAGAGACUUGGGCCCCUUCUGGUGCUACAGGCUCGUUCCAAAUGGGUGCUUUCUGGCACGCCUCCUUUAAACGAUUUCGCUGAUGUCAAAUCCAUAGCACCGUUUUUGGGCAUCCAUCUUGGUGUCGAUGACGAUGACCUGCAUUCCCAAAAUAAACGUCUCAAGGCUUUAUGGAAACAUAGGUCGGAUGCAGAAGCAUUCCAGGCCUUCCGAGCACCACGAAGUGAGGCAUGGCACCGGCAUCGUCAUGAGCUUGCACAGAUAUUCCUGAGCCGUUUCGCACGCAGAAACAUUGCUGACAUCGACGAGAUUCCGUUCACAGAGCACAUCAUUCUAGUGUCUCAAUCCCCAGCAGAAAGAGCAAUCUACCUCGAGCUCUAUAAACAGUUGAUGACCUAUAAUCGUCAGAUGCGCCGUGGCAGAAGAAAGUUCAGUAGCGACCAGGUUGAGCGCCUAGAUGAAAUCAUUGGCAGCAGCAGAACUCCCGAAGAGGCGCUGCUCAAGCGCUGUGCAUCUCUUGCCCUUCAUGGUCGGUGGGACAGUGGGAAACCCGAGGCGACAACUUGCAAGUCUCUCAUUGAGACGCGACGGGCGCAAAUUACUGCUCUUGUGGAUGAAUUUCUCAUGAAGACUAAACUGGCUGCGUGGCUCUAUGGUGAACGUGAUAUAAGGCAUGAUAAUUUCCACAAGUUCGUCGAAAGCGUAUUGAGACACGAUUUUGGUGACGAAACUGUGACAACAAAAGCCUAUGCGUUUCUUAAAUAUGCGGUCCUUAAUCCCAAAGACGAUGACUGGAAAUUUUUCUUCGCCGACCCCGAUCACACUCCUCUGAGAAAGGAGUCCGAAAUAGAGGCAGUAACGGAGUCCAUGGCCGAGGAUCAGGAGGUCGAUGACAGUGUCUCUUAUUUCUCUGGCUUAGAGAAAGAAGCAGAGUCAUCGGAAGCCAAUGAAGACAUAGGUCAGGACGAUGGGUGUAGUGCCAAACGAGGGGAUAGCAUGAGACAGGGCAUGCAGAAAACUCGCAAGAGCAAAACCGACAAGGAUGGAAUGCCGGCACUUCCAAAUAAGCCAACCAGUAUAGACGAAUUAAAAGUACUAUUGCAAAAAGCAACAACAGAUAUCCGCAAUUAUAUCGUGGAGUGGGUUAUGCGCACACGGGCUCUCAGGUUCUUGGAAGCAAUGCAUCUUGCACAGACUGGCUCAGAUAUAGAGUGCAGCAAGUGCCAGGGAAAGCUCCGCACAACACAUGGCAUCAAUAUACUCGGUUCGUGUGGCCAUACACUCUGCAUAAAAUGUGUUCCGGGUGUCCUCAAAAAAGAGGAGUGCAUAGUUGAAGGGUGUCGUGGCUCCGGCAAGAAAUUCAACAUCAUCAAUGGGUCCACACUUGGACGCUAUGAAAACGAUAGCAGUGCCAAAUACGGCGGUAGCAAGAUGGACAAGCUCAUCCAAAUCAUCCAGAGCGUUCCCACAGAUGAACGAGUCCUUCUAUUCAUCCAGUUCCCCGAACUGGUGGAAGUCGCGUGUAUGGCGCUGGAUCUGGCCAGAAUUAAAUACACGGCAAUAUCAACUACCGGCCGCAAGUCAGCGCAUAAAAUUGAGGAAUAUCAGAAGAAUGGCCUGGGGGAAAGUAGGGUCCUGAUUUUGAAUCUGGGGAGUGAAAUGGCUGCCGGAUUGAAUCUUCAAUGCGCCAACCACGUUAUUUUUCUCUCCCCCAUGCUUGCAGAGACCCAAUAUGACUAUGACUCCACUAUGACCCAAGCUAUUGGAAGAUCUCGGCGGUACGGGCAGACGAAACACGUUCACAUCUACCACCUCCUGGCAAAGAUGACUAUUGACGUGAAUCUCUUCCAAGAACGCCGAGAAUCGGUCUUGAUCGAGCGCAAUGGCGAGCCUAUUCUAGUAUCCCGAGAUUUCGAUUUUGACUCCGAAUCGAUCAGCUGUCAGGGUCCGUCGUUGAUGAUGGAUAAUGUUGUUUGA